GCCCCGUCCGUCUCCCGGCAUCCCGGCAUGAGCCAGCGCCGCGGGCCGCGGCAGGACAUGGUCCCCGAGAUCGCCGCCGCCGUCGGCUUCGUCUCCGGGCUGCUGCGGACGAGGGGCUGCGUCAGCGAGCAGCAGCUCCAGGUCUUCAGCGGGGCGCUGCGGGAGGCGCUCGCAGAGCACUACAAACACCACUGGUUUCCUGAGAAACCCUUCAAAGGCUCUGGGUAUCGCUGCAUCCGCAUCAACCACAAAAUGGACCCCCUUAUCAGCAAGGCAGCUAGCCACAUCGGACUCAGCCUCUCACAGCUCUACCAGCUCCUGCCCAGCGAGCUCACGCUCUGGGUGGACCCCUACGAGGUCUCAUACCGCAUCGGGGAGGACGGCUCCAUCUGUGUCUUGUAUGAAGCAACUGCAACAAAACCAGGCAGCUCCUAUGGGGUGCUCACCUGCAAGAACCAGCUGAUGUUGGGUCGCACCAGUCCUUCCAAGAACUACAUCAUGACUGUCUCCAGCUAAAUACUCUUGUCUGUACACUGCCAAGACACAGGCUACUGUAUACCUCACGCGAGGAUCUAUUUUGAAGAUGAAGAGCUAUUUAUAUUUUUUAAAAAAAUUCCAAGAAAAUCCAUAAUUAAAAUAUUUGGGCACCGCUUCGGGCUGGAGUGGUGUCUUUAGGUGCCUUUUUUAAA